GACAAAAAAUGGAAUACACCAGCAGUGUGAGGAGACUUGAAAGUGGCACAUUGGCAGAGUGUGGCGAUGGACGAGACAGCAGCAAUGGGAGGCCGUUACAGGGACCCAUGAGAGACUCUGGACUUGGCAGCAGCAUGAGGAGGGCGGUGGUAUAGGGGCCCAUGGCAGAUUAGGGGCCUGGCAGCAGCUAUGGGAGGCCCGUAAUCUGCCAGCACCUAUGACAAAAAAUGGAAACACACCAGCAGUGUGAGGAGACCUGAAAGUGGCACAUGGCAGAAGUGUGGCGAUCUGGAGACAUCAGCAAUGGGAGGCCGUACAGGGACCCAGUGACAGGACUCUGGACCUGGCAGCAGCUAUGA